ACAGACAACUUACAUCUGCAUUUCAUACUGGAGAGCCAACCAACAAAUAUCUCUUUACGCUUCUCUGCUCCCCCUUUCUCUCCGUGUUGCUUUUUUUUUUUUUGCCAUGUUUCUGACUUGUUGGACAUCUUGAACCUCUCAUAUGCCAAUCCUUAAUCUCCUCCAAUCUCUUCGUUUCUUGAUCUGGGUAUCUAUUUGUCUUGCCUAGAUCAGUUUUUAUGUGAAAAGCUUCAUUCUUUCCAACUUUGUACUCUUCAAAUCCACUGACUAGGAAAAACCCAUGUGGGUUUUUCUCUCAAAAUAUCUCUGCUUGCUUUAACAGAUUCAAAGUAAUGGGUUUCUUGCUAGGGAUGCAAAUUGACUUGGCUUCAUUUCAGGUUGGUUCCUUACCAUUUCUCUCUCCUCUAUAUCUCUAUACCCUUCUUAUUGGAUGAUCAAAAUAUGUGCUUUGUUUUCCUUGUUUUGAUUUUUAUCUUAUGUGUGGGGUUUUGAAAGGUGAAGCUUGUUCUGGUUCUCUGGUAGUUAUUAAGUUCACCAUCUCUCACUAAAUCAAAUCGAUUUUUAAUGUGUUCUAAAUGGAUGAGCUUACAAAGAUUGUGAAUUUGUUUUCAAAGUUUACCUUUUUUGGGUCUCUAGUUCUUCGAUUUUUCAUCAUAGGGUCAUGUGCCAUUUUUGGUUUUUGCCUAUUCCCCUAAUCUGAUCCCAAGAUGAUACUUUUCUUCUGUGAUUUAGUUUCUCCAUGUUUGUACUGGUGUUCUCUAAACUACUGAGACUUUCAGAGUAAGCUCCUGUAGAUUUCAAUACUUUUUAUUUUUGAAGCUAUGUUGAUUAUAAGUUCAUUUUUUUCAUUGGAUUUUGGCGAUGGUAAAUUUGUAAGUUCAAUCAUUUAUAUUUAUGAUUUAGAAUCAGCCCUCGUACUCAAUGAAUGCGAUUCUCUUAAAUAGAGAAAAAGAGAAAGGAAACCAAUAGCCAUGUAUAUAUUUGGGAAUCUACAACGAUCACUGAUGCUUGCUGGAGAUUUUGGUUCCAUUGCAGAUAAUGUGUGCUCAUCUCCCUGAAGUUUCUGAAUUCUCCAUGGAAAACUCUUUCUUUUAGUAGGGGUUAGUCUCUGUUACAUGUUUCUUUUAGCACUUUAGUGCAAAUCUUCCUUUCUAUUUAGCAUGUUUUAGACUAAAUUGUAUUGACUUUGGUUUGGUUUUGUUAGAGAGCCUAGCUAUUCUGUUGAUUCCUGAGCUCUAUUUUCUGCAGUUUAAAGUGUUACAGUUACUUUUGCUA